CACGAGAUUACCAGCAUCCAAGGCACCGGUGCAGCACAAAACAAAGAAACCCUUCGGCAGCAGACAGCAAUCGCGACCAGAUCGUCCAUACCAAAUUUCUUUUGUGUUCUAGCCUUCGGUUUCUGCAAGAACGAUUCGCGCAGCGUUGCGGAUGAUACAAUAACAUAAUCUGGAACGACGACCAUUGUGUCAACCUAUUCCCGAGUAGACAGAAUGUUCUGUUUAAGAAGCUGGCUGCCCCUCCUCUUCAUACCUACGAACGCCUCCCCGAUCUUCAUCUUCCUCUUCUUUGUCUGUACAUACUUCUUAAACCGACCAUGCGUCUACUGCUCUUUUCUCCUCUUGAUACUCUUUGCCUCAUCAUGUCACUGGUCAGACCACUGCUUCUUUGACUUCAGUAGCAACUGGUUUGAGCCAAGGCACUCCUCCGGCCUCACAACGGAGUUAACAAAUUCCACCCUCUCGAACGAGACACUCGAUCAGGUUUCGAUCUACAUGAAUGCUGUUAAUAAUACAGCAACUGCUCUGGCAGGUGCUGCGCUCGAGGAGGCAAAGAAGCAGCUUGCUGUACGGACCGAAUGGACCGGUAUUGGGGUCGAAUGGUUACGCAGUCUUCUCGGCCGCAGAGAAUGGCGGGUGCCAUGCGUGGAUGUGUAUAUCAGACUUUGAGAGGAUGAUGGGACAUGAUUCAAAAGAGCUCACGGUACACGGCCACUACUUGGUUCCUUACGGCGUUAUGGCAGGGAAGGAAUGGCAUGGGUGCAUCAAGAUGGGGGGGAGAAGGCAAAUCUCCUUGGAUUAGUGGUGCACUAAAGGCGUACUAAGGGGGCUUCUUUAAAGACAGCAUUGUGCAUUUCAGAGAAUAAUGGAUCGGCAUCAGACCUCAGACCUCUUUCGUGGAUGCUGGGAAAACUAUUUACAGGACCCAGCGGUACUUUGUAGAGCCUGAAAUGUGCAAAAACAUCACAC